CAGGAGUCCAUUUUUUUUAAAACAAUAAACCUCAUUAAAUCUAAUUGGUUAUUUGAUCUUUGUUGGAUUAGUUGUGUGCAUAUAACUGCUAAAAGCUUUGCAAGACUUGUAUUCUUACCGAUUUACAUCACUGAAUCCAAAUUAUAGCAGCAUAAAUAUUAAUUUGGCUAUUCAUGUUAGGCAAAACAGACAGUAUGUGUUAAGUUUCCUUGUAAGGUGGUAUAUGAAGGCAGAAAAGAUGAUUUAUUUAUUCAUUUUUUUAAAUCAAAGUGUGGGUUAAGUUGAAAUAAGCACACAAAUAUCACUGCUUUCCCGUAGUUUGAAGUAUACUUGUACUACUUUACUUUUCUCAGUCCUUGGCAAAGUGAUUUGUAGAAAAAUAGGCACCAAAACUGGACAGUAAUAUCCCCACCACCACCAUUAUAUGUCUUCAAACCAGUCCUUUGUGAUACCAGCACAGCCAAGAACUCUUUAUGAUGUGACAGAUUUAGCUUUCUCCAAUAUGCUUGAUGUAGGUGAGGGAACUGAACUGCUGGGAAGAGCAGCCCUGUUGUUGGUACCUGGCAGUGUCACAACAGCAUUGCUGUGGAGAAUUUUUGCUGUUUUCCUCCAGGCAGUAGCUGUUGGCAGCCGUGGAUCUGGGAGGUUAUGACUAACUCAAUCCUAUAAUCUAAGUGUCGUUUCUGAAGUGUUAUGUAGCUUGAAAGUGUAGAUGUUGGCCCUACCUGAUAACUCUUUCCUUCUUGGUUUUGUUCCUGUCUAUCCCUUUGUCUCCACGAUGUCAAGCCACAGGGUUUAAGAAAGGAAAUAGAAAACUCUGCUUGGCAAAUGGAUAAGUUUCAACAAAUGUGUUCAGCUUUUACAAACUUGCAACUUAAUGAAGCGUAUCAUGUACAGCUUGAUAAAGAAUAAUUUCAAAAUUUGUACACCUGCAAAGGCAAUAGUCUCUAAGCAGUAAUUUACAGAACUAAUGUUGCACUGUCAUUCACACUGCAGUGUAAGACAAAAGAUAAGGCUGGUGUAUUUUGUUUCAGGUGUUGCAAUGAAAAUACACCUGAGUGCUGCUGUGAAGGCAAGACCAUCUGUACGUGUACUGGUCGGCAAAACGCUUUACCUCUAAAUUAGCAAUAUAGUUUAUUGCCUUGAUGAGCAAGACUUUUCUUCUAUCACCUGGGACUCAUGUAAAGAGUAAUAUCCUUCCGUGUAAAUACAGCUUGCAAGAGUAAAAAUACAACAGUUAAUAUGAACUCUUUGCCACCCCACUACCUAAAAGCAAUGUUUCAGCCCUCAGCGCUCAACUGAAAUUGCUCGUUUUGCAGUCUUUAAAAUUGGGUAGAAGUCAUGUAGGUAAACAGUGUAUGAGAAUGUGUGUAUUACCCUGUUUUGCUUCUGCUCUUUUUUUGCUUUUACUACUGCUUCUUUUUUUUCUAGCUUUACAGAUGCUAUGAUAUAGAGGUAUGCCAGAAGAAGAAUAUCUCCAAGAAAAAAUAUCAAAGAUGGUGUGAUGAAAUUACUCCUGUUUCUUCUCUGUCACCCAGUGUUACUAGAAUUCAGUUGAGAUUGUCCUCACUAUCAGCCUCCCAUUUACUGAAAGAUGUCAGCAAUUGGAGUAGUGUCCUCCUGUUCCUGUCUCCGUCCUGGUGUAUGGCUGCUGAAACCAGGAAUGCAGAAGAUGAGCUCCUUCGGCUUGCAUACAGCAGCCAGGUGUGCUGCCAAGGAUUACUAUGAAGUGCUUGUGUUGGGUGGAGGUGCUGGUGGAAUCACCAUGAGUGCUCGGAUGAAGAGGAAAGUGGGGGCAGAAAAUGUGGCUGUUGUUGAGCCCAGUAAGACUCAUUACUAUCAGCCGCUGUGGACCCUGGUUGGUGGUGGUGCAAAGCAGCUGGCAACUUCUGCCCGUCCAACAGGAAGUGUAAUGCCUAAAGGUGUUGAGUGGAUCAAAUCUCGAGUUACAGCACUGGAUCCAGAUAAGAACUGCGUUUGGCUGGAGAAUGAUAUCAAGAUAUCUUACAAGUAUCUGAUAAUUGCCCUUGGGAUUAGUCUGCAUUACGAAAAGAUCAAAGGCUUGCCUGAGGGUUUUGAUCACCCUAAAAUAGGUUCCAAUUAUUCAGUUCAUACGGUAGAGAAAACAUGGAAAGCUUUACAAGAUUUCAAGGAAGGAAAUGCUAUCUUCACUUUUCCAAAUACUCCAGUGAAGUGUGCGGGGGCUCCUCAGAAGAUCAUGUAUUUAUCAGAGGCCUACUGGAGGAAAACAGGAAAGCGUUCCAAAGCAAACAUAAUGUUCAACACUUCACUUGGUGUCGUUUUUGGUGUCAAGAAGUAUGCUGAUGCAUUACUUGAAAUAAUCAAGGAGAGGAAUAUUGCUGUUAACUAUAAGCGCAACCUUGUAGAAGUCCGAGCAGACAAGCAGGAAGCUGUGUUUGAAAACCUGGACAAACCUGGAGUGACUGAAGUUCACCAGUAUGAAAUGCUCCACGUCACACCGCCAAUGGGGCCACCUGAUGUGCUCAUCAACAGUCCUGUUGCUGAUGAAAUUGGCUGGGUGGAUGUAAAUAAGGAAACUCUACAACAUAAAAAGUAUCCUAAUGUGUUUGGUAUUGGAGACUGCACCAACCUUCCAACAUCAAAAACUGCUGCAGCUGUAGCUGCCCAGUCGGGAGUGCUUGAUAAAACUAUUUCCCUGGUCAUGAAGAACCAGUUGCCAACUAAAAAGUACGAUGGCUACACUUCCUGCCCACUAGUAACAGGCUACAACAAGGUGAUUCUAGCAGAAUUUGACUACGACGCUCAGCCUUUGGAGACCUUUCCCAUUGACCAGAGCAAGGAGAGAGUAACCAUGUACCACAUGAAAGCCGAUAUGAUGCCUUUUCUCUACUGGAAUAUGCUACUUAAGGGAUAUUGGGGAGGACCAGCUCCUGUCAGGAAGAUAAUGCAUCUGGGCUUGAAGUAACUGCUGGUUCUGUGGUGGUAAAACACUUUUGAAGGAGACACUUCACACUGGAUCAAUAUGCAUCUUCCCUGUUGGACAACCACAUGGUAGACUUUUUUUUAAAUCAAGCUUUUGUCCAAAAUUCACUUUUCCGCCUACUUGGGAUUAAGUUUCCACUGCUCUUCUAUGUAAACCAAAGCCUUCAACUGCUUCUGUAUAUACACAGGAGCUUGAAUCUAACUAUGAACUUGCUUUAAGCUACAGAACACUACCAAAAUCUUCUAUUCAAUCAAUUUUAAAGCUGUUCUAUAUGUAAAGUUUUUUCUCCCACUCUAAACUGAAUUAUCUACAUCUGAGGAUCAAUGCAUGCACUGGAUGUAAGAGAAUAAUUCAAUGCUAGUAAAAUGGCCUGAAAAUC